AAUAUUUCACAAUCGCUGCUCCCAACAGGGCCAAGGUGAAGAAGGGAGUGAAUAUUCUUAGUGCGAAGGCCAGUGAUCCCCGGCAAUGGGAUGUGAAGCAGGAAGUGGGGAAUGGUGGAAAACAUUCAACUACAACAGUUAGCUGUCAAAGGAUAGCACCAAAUUCAAGGAACAGAAGUAACAGUUUAUUCAGUGAAGUUGUGCAGAUGAACUUUGAAAUAGCCAGUUUCAGCAGUCUUUCCGGAACUCAGCCAAUCACAUGGCAAGUGGAAUACCCUCGGAAGGGGACAACAGACAUAGCCCUCUCUGAAAUCUUCAUCUGCCAGAAGGACCUGGUAGGGAUAGUUCCACUGGCAAUGGACACAGAAAUUCUGAACACCGCAAUUCUCACGGGAAAGACGGUUGCAGUGCCCAUCAAAGUGGUUUCCAUUGAGGAGAACAGUGCUGUGAUGGACAUCUCUGAAUCGGUGGAAUGCAAGUCCUCUGAUGAGGAUGUUGUGAAAGUUUCUGACAGAUGUGACUAUGUGUUUGUCAAUGGCAAAGAAAUGAAAGGCAAAGUGGAUGCAGUAGUGAAUUUUACAUACCAAUAUCUGAGUGCCCCUCUGCAAAUCACAGUCUGGGUUCCACGGCUGCCUCUCCAGAUUGAUAUUUCAGACACGGAGCUAAGCCAAAUAAAAGGCUGGAGAGUCCCCAUUGUUUCCAAUAAGAGGCCCACAAGGGACAGUGACGAUGAGGAUGAAGAUGAGCGGAAAGGCAGAGGCUGCACUCUCCAGUACCAGCUUCCCAUGGUGCGAGUCCUAACACAAUUUGUUGCUGAGGACUCUAGCCCUUGGAAUCAGCUGAACUACUUGCUGGGUUCUGACUGGCAGUUUGAUAUUACAGACCUAGUGAUUGACUUUAUGAAAUUGGAGGAGCCUCACAUUGCCAGGCUACAAGAAGGAAGGAUUUUGAUAGGACAAGAAGUAGGAAUGACAACAAUCCAGGUUUUUUCUCCUCUGUCCGACUCCAUUCUGGCAGAGAAGACGGUGACGGUACUAGAUGACAAAGUGACCAUAACAGACCUUGGGGUGCAGAUGGUGGCAGGGCUGUCACUUUUCCUCCAGCCAAGCCCAGCAAAUCACCGAGCUAUUGUGGCUUCAACGAUUGCUCAGGAGCUGCUUCAUACCCCUAAACAGGAAGCCAUAAUAAGCAUCUGGAUCCAGUUCAGUGACAGCUCAGUUACUCCAUUAGACAUUUAUGACCCAAAGGGCUUCUCCCUUUCUACCAUAUCUCUGGACAAAUCUGUUGUCUCAACCCAUCAGAGCACCACUCUGAAAUGGCCUGUUGUGGCAGCGGAAGGUGAAGGGCAGGGCACAUUGAUCAAAGUAGACAUGAUGAUCUCUGAAGCCUGCCAGAAAUCCAAGAGGAAAAGUAUCUUGGCCAUGGGCAACAGCAACAUCAAAGUGAAAUUUGGCCAAAAUGAUGCCAACUCCAACAAUGGCGGAGAUUAUGAUGCUGACGUACCAUCAACAAAAUCAGCACCACAGCAAACUACAGAACAUUCCUAUAGACUUCACCAACUUCCCUGCUCAAGUAGACCUCCCAAAAAGCAGUGGGGGCAUGGAGGAGAAUGACCUAGUGCAGACACCCAGAGGCCUUACAAAAUCAGCACCACAGCAAAGUCAAUGAUCAAAAACAAAGUCAUGAAAAACAAUAGGUUGGAUGGAGGCAAACUCUCAGAUGAUGGCCAGCUACAGAACAUUCCUAUAGACUUCACCAACUUCCCUGCUCAAGUAGACCUCCCAAAAAGCAGUGGGGGCAUGGAGGAGAAUGACCUAGUGCAGACACCCAGAGGCCUUAGUGAUUUAGAAAUUGGGAUGUAUGCUCUUCUGGGGGUCUUCUGCCUCGCAAUCCUUGUCUUUCUAAUAAACUGGGCAGCAUUUGCACUGAAAUACCGCCACAAGCAGGUUCCAGUAGAAGGGCAAACCACCAUGACCCACUCCCAUGAUUGGGUCUGGCUUGGAAAUGAGGCAGAACUGCUGGAGAACACAGUGGAUGUAUCACCUCAGCAGGAUGAGCACACAACUAUUAUAGACCGAGGGAUGGGCCACGAGGAAAGCAACCACCUCCUCAAUGGUGGCACUCAAAAGAGCAUCAAGAGCCAAAUCCAUAGGUCUGCUGAAUCAGGGGGGAAGCAUGGAAAAGAGCAGAAAAUGGAACCUUUGCAUUCCCCCACAUCCAAACGAAAGCGGGUAAAAUUCACAACCUUCACCACCAUCCCUCCUGAUGAUGGUUGUCCCACAGUCAACUCUAUCCUGAGUAGCAAUGAUGACGAUAUUAAAUGGGUGUGCCAGGAUAUGGACCUUGAGGACUCCAAAGAGAUAAAAAACUACAUGGAGAAGUUCAAAGACAAAGUGUAGCUCCUAACUGGUUUUCUGGGUUUAACCACACCUUGCUGCCUUCAGUUCUACAGUAUAUAUUGGGACAGAAAAGGGGGAAGGAGGAGGAGGAGAUCAAUAGGAAAAAACAACAAGAAGAAGGCAGUUUCUAUAAUCAGGGAAAGAAAUUUGCCAAACUGUCCAUGGCUUUGGGUUCAUUUGUUUGUUUUUCUUCAGUAGCUGUUUGUGGGUUUGGGCAGUCAAUGGAAUACAAAUAGCAUAAGAAAGUAAGGAAACAGAUUGACCAAUAUGAUGAACUGGGCACAGUGAGGUUGUGAAAAUGUAUCUGAAGGGUCAAAAUAAUAAUAACAAUAUUACAGACAAGGUACCAAAAAUUUUUAAAAAGUGGGAGAGUAAGUUAGUUAAUAGAAAAGACAGACAAACGGUUACUUGUUUAUGUUUAUAAUAAAGUAUCUGAAAUAUGGAGGUAAGACCCAGGAAGAGACAUUUUAGAGUGAUACACAAGCACUUGCUUUCUGUUCUUUCAUCUGAAGGGAAUACUUGUCCCUGGUGUUAAAUAUGGAACAGAAAGAAAUGAUCGGGAGGGGGGCAGGUUGGGGUUUUUUUUAGUAGGCUUCUUUUGGAACUGGACUAUUUUCCACCUGCUGUAGCUUUCUUUAAAAUUUCUUUUAAAAUUGAAUCCAGUAGGUUCUUUAUGAACCAAGAAAUAAUUGUUCUUCUAAAUUAGCUAAUAAUUAUCUUUCUUGUCAUGUGAAGAACUCAGAGGAUUAGCAAAAACUACUAAUUCCAGCAUGGCGUCUCUUCUGAAAGCAUGAGUCUCAGCUGUUUUGUGCUAGCUAGAAACUUGUUCUCUUUGGAGGAAGAUUUAAUUUAGCUUUUGGCUGUGGGUUGGUUAGUGGUUUUUUAAGUGUCCACAACCAAUAUUCCCAUGUUUCACCAAGAAAAGAAGGUGUUUUCUACAUUUUCAUUUUAAAAUAAUAACCAAUAUGACAGACCAAAUGGUGCAUACAUAGUCCUAGUCCUCACUACACGCCCUGCCCAUACUCCUGUUGAUCUAAAAUAUGCAACUUUGAAGUUGACAUACUUAUACCUAAUUACGACUCUGCCUUCCAUACAAUUAGGCUAGAGUGUGACGCUCUCCUAUUGACUCAGCCUACUCUUCUCAUCCUGGUGGAGUACUGGAGUUGAUGAGAGAUUGCUCAGAGGUUGAUUUAUUGUAUCUAAACAGACAUGAUAAAUUGACCUCCAAUGAAUUGAUCACUGCAGUAUUGAUCCACCAUGUAGAGGAAAUAAGCAAGUCCUUACUGAAGCUGAGACCAAGACUACCAAAGCCCAAAUAUGUGCACAGCCUGAUUUUUAUUUUUUGCCAGGUCAGUGAAUUCAUAAUUUGUCCUGUAUUUUCCUCUGAUCAUCUACUCAAUGCCACUAGUUCUCAUGGGGGAUGGGGAAGGGAUGUGUGAAAGAUGUACAUGCAAACAGAAAAGCAGUUUGUCCCAAGCCCAUUUUAUUUCCUUAUGUUAGGGGAGCUGGGUUUUUAGAUGAAUAAUAAUAGUUUGGAGAAAGAGAAAUUCAAAUGACCAAGGAUCAAGCGAUAUCGUGGUCUACUUUAUUUUCAUUUGUUUCUAUUGGACUAGCACAAACAGGACAAUCUGUUACAUUGAAAAUCAGUUGUUUUUAAUAACAAAUAGAAGUUUAGUAAUGCCUCAGAAACAAAUGGGAGAUAAAGGCAGAGCUACAUGGGGCAGUUCCAGUGAUUUCAAUGUCAGUUUCGGAAUCUAAAUGUUGGGGGGAAGUCAGACUCAGAAAACCUUUUCAUAAGUCAAAAGAAAUCUUCAUGUCAAAUCUUUUUGGAAAGCAAUAUUACGUCUUGACUGCUAGCAGAGAGCACUUAUAUUGUUUGUCAACCCUGUCUUUAUCUGUUGAUCCCACCACAUCUAUUUUAUUUUAUUUUUUUAAUUACUAAACUCAGUAGGUUUCUUUUUAUUUUGUUUUCUUUACUUGGACAAAAUGGACCCUGCCACUCAAUAACAUAGAAGGAUGUUUUAACAAGUUAUGCCUAGUAUGCAUUGUAGACUGAAAGAAUGUAAUAUUUAUUUAUACAUCGUAUACAAAUUGUAAUUAAAAUGCUUUACAUGGCUUGACAAGUUAACACGUCUUUGAGGGGGUCAUUUUCUCUUCUUUUUUUUUUUAAAUAAAAAACAAACCAAAAAAAAAAAGACCAAAAACAAAACAGUUUUACCUUCCCCUGGCCUAAUUGCAGAGAAAAUGUACAAACUGCUUUCUGAAAAGAGAAUCGAAGAGUGUAGAGAUUUUACUUCUAUCUCUGACCCUUUUGUUGUAACCCACUCCCAUCUCCCCACCCAGUUUGUGGUGAUGAUGAUGAACAGACAGCAGGAAAGGACAGCAGGCUGACAGUGUCCUUGUUAAUCAUAUUCAUCUUCAUCAUCACCAUGACCCACUCCAGAAAUCUUGCAUCUGACAUGUACAGCUUUAUUUGCAGCCGGUUAUAAGUAAUUGUGAUGCUACUGGGGUGAAUACUUGGAUGUAGAUAUGCUGCAAUGAUUAAUAACUGAUGUUUACAAAGCACCUUUUAUCCCAAAGGAACCCAAAGCACUCUACAAGCUAGGCAAAAUAUAUUAUACACACACACACACACACAAUAUCUCUGAAUCCUAUCUAUGAAAUGCAGCCACCUCUGGGGUGAAAUACCACAGAACCAUCCAGCACAACAGUUAAGGACAGGAAGAAUGAUACCUAUUGAAAAUCCUGGCAGAACAUAGGCAGAAAUUUGGCCAGUACAUUUGCAAUGAAGUGCUAAAGGAUUGUUAAUGAUCUGAACUAGGCAGGCACACUGAUUUACGUCUCCUGUGAUAGAUGGCAGCUCCAGUAAAGUUGUGUGCCCUGUUAUCUCCUGGGUUGUUGGUUCAGUACUGGCUUGAGAAAAUAGGGCCACCUACUCAAACACUGGCAUUGUUCUCUGUAGCACUUGGUUGUUUCUCAGUCACUCUGACCCAGUUUGCCAUCUGUGAUUUGACAGGAGCAGAGCAGGAGGUUGUGUAAGAAAGAUAACACCUUGUUCUACUAUAGCACCUUUCACCAGCUGAUAAUAACAUAUGAAAUUUUGGGCUACCAAGAGCAAGCUGCUGGAGGAUAUACAGCUUGAAGUGUAUGUUCCCCAUGGCAAAUGCAGAAAUUAUUUUAUGGCUAAAUCCAGCCAUUUUUAUCACGCAACAAGUUGGUGUCAGAAAAUGAUUACUGUUUAAGUAAGGAAAUUAUUGUAAUUCCUCAAAAUGUUCAUGUUUUCAUUAAAAAAAAGUUGAAA